CCCAACAUUCCCAUCAAUCCCCCAAAUCCCAUCAAUCCCCCAAAGCCCAACAUUCCCAUCAAUCCCCCAAAUCCCAUCAAUCCCCCAAAGCCCAACAUUCCCAUCAAUCCCCCAAAUCCCAUCAAUCCCCCAAAGCCCAACAUUCCCAUCAAUCCCCCAAAUCCCAUCAAUCCCCCAAAGCCCAACAUUCCCAUCAAUCCCCCAAAUCCCAUCAAUCCCCCAAAGCCCAACAUUCCCAUCAAUCCCCCAAAUCCCAUCAAUCCCCCAAAGCCCAACAUUCCCAUCAAUCCCCCAAAUCCCAUCAAUCCCCCAAACGCCUUCUACCCGGGCUUCCCGGGCUCCUACCAGGCCGUGCCGGGCUACUUGGACGUGUCGGUGGUGCCGGCGCUGGGCGCGCACCCGGAGCCGCGGCACGAGCCUUUGCUUCCCAUGGAAGGCUACCAGCCCUGGGCGCUGGCCAACGGCUGGGACGGGCAAGUGUACUGCCCCAAGGAGCAGCCGCAGCCCGCGCACCUCUGGAAGUCGCCAUUCCCAGACGUGGUUCCGCUGCAGCCCGAGGGCAGCAGCUUCCGCCGGGGCCGCAAGAAGCGCGUCCCGUACUCCAAGGUGCAGCUGAAGGAGCUGGAGAAGGAAUUCGCCGCCAGCAAAUUCAUCACCAAGGAGAAGCGGCGCCGCAUCUCGGCCAGCACGAGCCUGUCCGAGCGCCAGGUCACCAUCUGGUUCCAGAACCGCCGCGUCAAGGAGAAAAAAGCGCUCAGCAAAGCCAAGCCCGGCCAGCUCCACAACACCUGA